GGUGUAAACUAAAAUGGCGGCCACCAAGCGCUUCCAAGAGCUAAGCAAAAGAAAACAUGAAAUCGAAAGUAACAUAAAACAGUUUAUGGACCUCCUAGAAUCACAAAAAAGUGUUGGCCUGAAUGAACCAUUGGUGGACGCAGAAGGUUUUCCAAGGUCAGACAUUGAUGUGUACUCAUGUCGCCAUGCCAGACACCAGAUUUCCUGCCUUCAAAACGAUCAUAUUUCAAUCAUGAAAGAAAUUGAGGAAGAAUUAAUAAAUAUCCACCAAACAGCUCGUGCCAAUAAAGCGGGCGAGUCUCUCAACACAUGCACAAUCACAUCAGGAGAUGAAAUCAUGGAAACAGAACGUAUUCCAUUUGCUUUGAUUGACAGGGUGGACCAGGGCUCACCAGCUGCUCAUGGGGGACUAGAAGUGGGGGAUCAGUUGAUAGAAUUCGGAUCAGUCAUGUCUGAGAACUUUACCAAUAUGCAGUCAGUGGCUACAGUUGUACAGCAUUCCAAAGAUAAACCACUGAGAGUUGUUUUACAGCGGAAUGGUCGUGUUUUUAAUGUAAAUAUCACACCAUCAACAUGGAGUGGUCCUGGAUUGUUAGGGUGCAAUAUUAAGCCAUUGAAUAAGUGAAACGGUCAUUGUAAGCUAUGUUGGUGAUUUAAUCUUUAGGUUUCUGUUGGGUGCACUGAUAAUAAUAAAAAGAUUUCAGUCAACUUUCAAGUCAUGGGGAGGUAUCUGUUUUUAAAGCACUUGAGUCAUCACUUAGCUCACCGCUAAAGAGUGGACAAAUGCUAGCUAGUGACUUUUUUAAAUGAGAAUUGUUUUGAACGAUUUCAUAUGAGUUUAAUUAUUUAGCAUUUUUUUAAUUAUUGUCUUAAUGUACAUGAAUCUAAAGAUUGACAUUUUAUCUUUUAUAUAUUGUUCAUUUCUCCUGAUAAACUUACAACACAUGUAGUUUUGCCUAGAAAUAUCUAUUACCUGUGUAGAUGUGGUUGGUAGUAUUUACAGGAUACUCUGGGCAAAUUUAGUACACGUAGAAUAUACUUCAAAGUUUUCUGUAACACCUACUUAAAAGUACUAGAGACUAAGCUAAUUUAGUACACUUAAAAUGUACUAAAUUGUUUCUGUAAACCCCUGACUCCCACUCCAUGGUUGGCAUCAGAUGGUUGCCAUGUUAAUAGAUAAACGGGUUGCCAUUUUAUUUGAUAAAAAUGUUGCAUGUUUGUUAUGGUUAACCCACAAAAUGAGAGAAAAGUGACCACAUGGUAUUGUUUUGUACAUACAUUUUUAAAAAAAUAAAAUCCUGUUUAAGCUG